CAGAAAGAACAGUCAAAAUGCAGGCAGGGCGCAGGACAAAGCACUCAGGACAAAAUUUUGAAAAAAAAAUGACAUUUUUUAAAAUUUUCUAAUUUCCCGCCGCCAGCGGCGCCCGUAUGUCCCGACGUCACAGGGACCGGAACACAGAAGCCGGAUGUCGGCAUCGGCAGGAGGAGAUGGCCGGGGACGCUGCAGGGGACACAUCGCAGGAGCGCAGGACAAGGUAAGCUCUGCAGGGAAUCCCUAUGCGGCGCAGCAUGGUAAGCCCAAGUGUAGCUCGGGGUUACCGCUUUUGGUACUGACA